AUGGAAGGAUUAGAGACGGAGACAGGUAUUGCCAUUAAGAAUGAAGAAAGAAGUGAAAAAGGAAAUGAAUUAUUAAUUGGGCUGAAGAAUUUAAAUGAACAUGAUGGGGUGGUAGUAGGAGGAGUUGUAAAUUAUGAAAAGAAAGAAGAUGCAGAUAUAGCUAUGCAUAUGAAUGAUCAAGAUAAACUGGAUGUGCCAUCAUUGGUUGAAAUAUGCAAACAACAAUUGAUUGUAAUUUUGAAAGAUAUGUGUGCAGAUUUAAAUGGUUCAGAUGAAAAAGCUUCAUUUUUUUAUCAUCUUAAUAGGUUAAGGAAUGCAGUAACUGUUGUUGAUUUACAUAAUUAUAUUGCAGUCUUUGGUCCUUGUCUAAGUUAUAACAAAUUACCAUCCACGUGGAAUAUAUCGGUAUGUGAUUAUUUGAAACAACAGUUAAAUAUACUCAGAGCAGCUGACUCACAACAAAGUCCAAAUGGUUAUGUUAGCUAUUUAGAUUUACAUAACGAUUUGGAAGAUAUUAUAAAUGAAAAAAAAGGGGGAAACAGUACAACCACAGGUAGCAUUUCCAUGCAAGGAAAUAUAAAUUCUAAUAAUUUAAAUUCGAAAUUUUCCAUGAAAGGGAGUAGUAUACACAUGAAUUCAGCCAAUAGUACUAGUAACUUGAGUGGAAAUGUAAGUGGUCGUAUGAAUAUGAGCAAUGAAAAUACAAACUUAAUUGGAUGUUACACAUUAGGUGAUAAUGAAGAUAAUACAAUUGUGGAAGAUUAUUAUGAUUGUCUGAUGAGAACCAAGUUAUCAGAUGAAACUUCCAAUUGUUUGAAAUAUAUGAUGAACUCAAAAAAUGAUUCUUUGAGCAAUACAGAAGUAGAGAAUGUAAUAUCAUAUUUGAAAAAAUAUGAAGUAAAAUCGAAUAAAAAUUAUUGUAAUUUUGAGGAUGAAUUAAUAUAUAGUAAAGACUCAGAUUAUGAAUAUCAUGAGGAUUAUUUAAAAGAUAAAACAUUAUACGAUUCAGAUAUAGAUGACAAUAAUAUAUUUGGUACCAAUCUAAUAGAUAGUAGUAGAAAUAUUAACGACAGCAAUAGUACAGUGUUAAAUAUGAGUAUGCCAAAUAGUGUUUCAGCCAACAACAACAGUAAUAACAAUAAUAAUAAUAAUAAUAAUAAUAUUAAUCAUAAUAACAACAGUAAUAACAACAACAGUAACAGCAAUUUGAAUAAUAAAAAUUACAACAUGAAGUAUGAUGUAAUGAAAAAGAAUAAUAAUGAUACUGUGAAUACGUGGACAAGAGCAUGCACAGAAGGACAUCCUGAAUAUUUGCCUCGGAUCCCAGGAGUUCGAUUUAAUCCAAAGAAGCAGCAAUGGCUAGCUGCUUGGAAUGAUAACACGAGAGAAAUUAGAAGAUAUUUUUCUGUAAAACAGUACGGUUUUGAACAAGCUAGAAUUUUAGCUGUUAAAGCUAGACAAGAAGCAGAAAAGGCAGGUGCUAGGUGUAAACCUAUGUUUCAUGUACAUGGUAGGAAAGCAGCAGACAGUGCAUCUAACGAUGUUAUGAAGAAUAACAAUGGCAUGAUGAUGGAAGAUGGUAGUAGUGCUAGGAUGACUAAUAACAACAUCGCAGGAAAUAAUAAUAUUGGUAAUAUUAGUAGUAGUGACGCUUGUGGAAAUAUGGGCAUUAUGAAUAACAAUGUAAAAACUGCAUUUACAAAUAAUAGUACAACAAUGAAUAGUGGAGGAAUAAUUGUUGGGGUAGGAAAAACACAGGAUCCUAUGAACAAGAAAAAUUUAUUGAAGAAUGAAAAUAACAAAGGAAUUAAGAGAGGGAGGGGAAGACCACCUAAGAGGAAGAUAAGCGAAGAUUCUCAAUUAUCACUAGAUGACAUGGAACAAAAUUUAUGCAAGAAUGGAGAUAAUGCAGAAUUGAUGGAAGCCAUAGAUUCAUUUGAUAAAAAUUGUACUAGACCAAUGAAAGGGGUAUCUUAUAAUGAUCGGAAGGGGUCCUGGUUAGCUUAUUGGUCUAUAGGGAAAAAUUUUCAAAUGAAAAGAUUUCCAAUUAAAAAGUUAGGCUUUGAGAAAGCAAAAGAAUUAGCUAUACAAUGUAGGUUAGAGGCAGAACAAGCUGGAGCAACAACUACAGAAAAUAGAACGAAAAGAAUUAGAAAUUUGAUAACAUUAAAUUCUGAAAAUACAUUAGAUGUAAUGAUGGAUAUUAAUUCUAUAGAUCAGGAAGAAAAUUUAAAUGAUACAAGUAAAGGCAUGAAUGGGCAUGUACUGAUGUCCCAGAUGCAUCAUUUUAACGCACAUGGGAUGAACCCUCACAGCAGUAAUAAUAGAAGCAACAACAACAGCAACAACGGAAUGGGCUGCAAUAAUAGUAAUAAUAAUAUUCACCAAACCAAAAUGUCACACAGCGAUUGUCAGGAAAGUGAAAAUGAUUAUUCUCCUACAAAAAGGACACGAGCACCCAGAGGAAGAAGAAUGGAAAGCUUAACUGCGCGUGCUAGUGCAUUAACACCUGUAGAAGGGGUUCGAUUCGAUCCAUUUUCAUAUUCCUGGUACGCAAAAUAUUUAGAAAAUGAGAAUUCAAAAGAACCAAAAAUAUCCAAAUAUUUACUGAAAAAAUGGGGAUUCAAUAAAGCACAUAGUUUAGCUGUACAUACUGUAAAAUGUGCAUAUAAAGGUGUUCCCUUUACAGAACAGGAACUUACAAACAUAUUUAAUGUAAAUUCUAAAAAAUUGAUGAAUAAUCAGAGAAAUUUCAUCAACAUGACAUAUAAAGGUGGUUCCUAUGGAAAUAACGAAGACUCUAAUGAUAAUGUGUAUAAUUCUAACAACUAUGGCACCAUGGGAAUUCCAAAUUCUCCUAAUGGAGUGAUUAUAGGAAAUAUGGGAUAUGUUAAUAAUACCAUGAAUGAUGGAACUACAGGCAUGAUAGAUCACAUGGUUAAUGAAAUCGAUGCAGUUAGCGCUAUGAACACUAUGGGUGAUAUUGACGUGAUGGGAGGAGGGGCAACAGCCGGUUUAGUAGGAGCAGCAGCGGGUUUAGGAGGUGGAGUAGAUUCUCUGGGCAGUAUGAACAACUUGAACAAUAUUGGCAACUUGAACAUGGGCGAGAUUGGAAACUUUAAUAACAACAUGAAAGCGUACAGAGGAAAUAUGAACGAGCAUGGUAUUAUGAACAACAUAAGUACUAAUGACCUUGAGAAAAAUGGAGAUAUGAAUAACAUGCAUGAUGAGGAAACCCUUUUAGUAAAUGGAAGCAGUAACGAUGCAAAUAUCGGAUUGAAUAACAGUAUGGACAUUACAAACAAUAUGCUUAACAGUAUGGAUAGCGUGAACACCUUGGAUCCAGGUACUACCCAAAAUGGUAUCUUGAGUAAUUGUGGCUAUAGCUAUAAUAAUGGGAGCAAUGUGGUAUGUGGUAAUGAGCCAGCUAGCCAAAAUAAUUAUCACCCUGGUGCUCUACUACCGAAUGGUGGAAUCCUUAUUGGUAGUGGAGGAAUAUGUGAUAAUAACAUUCAUAAUGAUGACAACAUUGAUGAAAACAAUGACGAUAACAAUGAUGAAAACAAUGACGGUAACAAUGAUGAAAACAAUGACGAUAAUAAUGACGAUAAUAAUAACAGCUAUAGCAACGGUAGUAUCAGUUGUAAUAACGGUAGUAAUAAUGAUAACAACGCUGCAUCUAUUAAGGCCAAUUGUGUGGGGAAUGUAAUCAAUAAUGCGUACAUGAAUGAUCAAAUUGGGAUAAAUACUAACGCAGAUGGAAACAAAUUUCCAUCAGAGGAAUUAGCAGGAAUGGCAGAAUCGUCUGGAAUUUUGGAUGAUGAAAAUGCAAAAUUGUUGAACAAAUCAUUUCUAAUAGUUGAAAAGAAUUUAGGGAAUAAUAUUAGUGGAAACAUUUUAAGAAACAAUAGCACAGAGAAUUAUAAUAUGCUUAAUGAAUGUAUGCUGAAGAGUAGGAGUAGAGAGAUGAAUGUGUCUCAUUCUAGAAAUAACGUGAUAACAGCAGGGAUAGAAGUAGGAGAAGUAGGAGUCCCAACUACCACAUUUGAUCAUCAUCUUAUGGAUUACACAUCAGCAAUGGGAUCUGUAGAACCGAACGAACUGAAUAUGAAUGCACCAAAUGAUCUAUACACGAACCAUCCAGAUGCUACAUAUGGCAUUACUUCUGCAGGUUCUAAUAUAAAUGUUAAUUCUGAACCUGUUAUUAAUAACAGUAUAAUGAACAAAUCCAGUAGCAGUUCUAAUAUUUCUAUCAUAAAUAUGGGAUCAAGUAUGAAUUAUAAUAACAACGUUGUAGAAGCGCAUGAUAUUAUGGAUGAUAAAGGGGUAAUAGAAGAACACCUAGCGAAUCAAAAAAAUUAUAUGAGUGAGAUGAAUAAAGUAGGUAAUAUUGAUAACCCUGCUAGUAACGAUAAUAAUAGUGAUAAUAGUUAUGUUAACAACCCAUAUAGCCAGAAAAAUAUAAGCUCCAAUUUUAAUGCCUAUGGUAGUGAAAAUGCAACAGCAGGAAACAUGAUUGGUUCAAAUGCGAACGAAUUGAAUAACUCUUCCAUGUAUUACUUGAGCGCAAAGUCAGAGAUAAAGACGGAGCACUGA